AUGGGAAAGUCCAAUCAGUCUUUUGUGACAGAAUUUGUCCUGCUGGGGCUUUCUGGCUUCCCAGAGAUAGAGGCCAUUUACUUUGUGCUGGUCCUAUGUAUGUAUUUGGUGAUCCUGUUGGGAAAUGGAGUCAUCAUCAUUGUGAGUGUUUAUGACACCCACUUGCACACCCCCAUGUACUUUUUCCUCAGUAACUUAUCAUUCUUGGACAUCUGCUACACUAGUUCAUCUAUUCCACUAUUUCUCAGCAGCUUCUUAACUUCAGAGAAAACUAUUUCCUUCUCUGGGUGUGGAGUGCAAAUGUUUCUCUCUUUUGCUAUGGGAGCAACAGAGUGUGUCCUUCUAAGUAUGAUGGCGUUUGACCGCUAUGUGGCCAUCUGUAACCCUCUACAAUACCCUAUCAUCAUGAGCAAGGCUUCAUACGUGUCCAUGGCUGCUGGGUCCUGGAUUGGAGGAGGCACCAAUUCUGUGUUGCAAACCUCCCUUGCAAUGCGGCUUCCUUUCUGUGGAGAUAACGUCAUUAAUCAUUUUACUUGUGAAAUCUUGGCUGUCUUAAAAUUGGCCUGUGCUAAUAUCUCCAUAAAUAUUAUUAGCAUGGUUGUUGCUAAUAUGAUUUUUCUUGUAGGACCAGUACUUUUUAUUUUUGUUACAUAUGUUUUUAUUCUCUCCACCAUCCUGAGAAUUCCUUCUGCAGAAGGAAGGCGCAAAGCCUUCUCCACCUGCUCUGCCCACCUAAUAGUGGUGAUUAUAUUCUACGGAACCAUCCUUUUCAUGUAUGCAAAGCCCAAGGCUAAAGACUCUUCUGGAGCAGACAAAGAACAAGUCACAGACAAAAUCAUCUCCCUCUUCUACGGAGUGGUGACACCUAUGCUUAAUCCUCUCAUCUAUAGUUUGAGGAACAAAGAUGUGAAGGCAGCUGUGAAGAGUAUACUGUGUCAAAAAUGCUCCUUGGAAAGAAUGUAA